AGCGGAGUCUCUGGCUCGCGUUCUCUGGAGCUGACCGUGGUGCUGAUCGCCGCGCGCUCGCUCGGGAUCAACACUGACAUGCUCGAGCGUCAGUAUCUGAAGACCUCCGACACUGAACUUGAUGCUCCCUCACAACCUUCAGUUUCGGAGGAAAUCCUAAAAUAAUCGAGCAUGGAUCUGUAGUGAGACGGAGGCAUUUUGGAAGUCGAAGGAAAGUCAGUAUUAAACCUGAUGCUGACGUGGACGUUCCGGCACGUGUUUUUAUAGGAUUUGCGAACAUGAUGCCCAUCGUGAGAAUUUUACUGUAGUUUAUUUAAGAUGUGUGUUAUUUGAAUGAAUUUAUAUUCAGAAUGUUGCUAUAAACAUCCGUUUAGAAGCGAAAGAAGAUAACUACAUCUAUUUUGGAUCCUUGGACAUUCGAAGUGGAGAUAUGGCUCGCGUUCUUGUCCUUGUUAACUCAGUCGGGCUGUUGCUCUUCGGUAGUGAAAUGUUUCUGGUGGGAGCAAACCGUCCACCUGCUCCAGUUAAUGUGUCAGUCAUGCACCUGAGAGCUGAUUCAGCAACGGUGUCCUGGGAGGUGCCUGAGGGUGACAUCAUCAUCGGCUUUUCCAUCUCCCAACAGAGAAUGGACGGCAAAAUGCAGAGGUUUAUCAGGGAGGUGAACACCACCAGCAGAUCCUGUGUGCUAUGGGACCUGGAGGAGGAGACAGAUUAUAUUAUCCAAGUGCAGUCCAUCGGCCUUUACGGAGAGAGCCAGGCCAGUAAACGCAUCCACUUCAGAACCCUGAAGAAAACAGACCGCUUCCCCUCAAACAGUUCAAAUCAAGAUGACCCGACUGUCCAAGGACUGGAUAAAGCUCGACACCUGCAGACAGGAGAGAUGAUCAUCAUUGUGGUGGUGCUUCUUAUGUGGGCAGCUGUAAUUGCCUUGUUUUGCCGGCAGUAUGACAUAAUAAAGGACAACGAUUCCAGCAACAGCAAAGAGAAGGUAAAACCAUCCUCAGAGAGAAGCACACCAGAGCAUCAGAGCGGAGGUCUGCUACGAAGCAAGUUCCACCAGUCUGUGCCAUCGAUCAACAUCAUCGAGGUGUGAUGGGAGCAUCGUAGACGUCAGUCAUGCCCUCCGUGGCAGUAUCAGGAUGACAGUAUGUCAACCCUUUCAUCACCCGACGGUCAAAAAUACAUCAACUACACCGCUGUAUCAGCCCACCCAUAUACACAUAUUAAAGCCAUCUACUGGAAGUGUAAAUGACGUACAUUGCGCGUAUGACUGGAUGUCUAUAUUUUAUGAUGGAUGGAGAAUUCCCAAACCCCUUACUGCAAUAUAUCAGACUAAAUCUGGGAUUUUUUCUCGUGUAUAGAAAAGGAAGGAAGUUGUAUUUUUUGUAAUGGUACUGAAGUAUGACAGGGUUUCUAUUAUUUAUUAGCUUGUGUUUUGAUUGUGCAUGCAGCUCUUGUGGUCUGAUAGGAUGUGUACCGAAGCAGGUCUUUAGAUUAAAGGUAUAAUUCACCCCAAAAUUUAUCUGAGGCCUUUAGAAAUGUAGAAGAGUUUGUUUCUCCAUCAAAAAAGAUUUAGAGAAAUUUUAAAUUGCACCACUUGCUCACCAAUUGAUCCUAUGCAGUGAAUGGGUGCCGUCAGAAUUAGAGUUCAAACAGCUGAUUAAAACAUCACAUGUGGAUUAUUGUGAUGUUUUUAUCAGCUGUUUCGACACUCAUUGUGACAGCACCCAUUUACUGCAGAGGAUCCAUUGAUAUUUCAAAUUUUAAAAACUAAAUUUCUCUAAAUCUGUU